AUGGGUUCCCAGGGCAGCGUCAUCCGCCAGCUCCAGCCCGAGGGCCACCCGCGCUCCUGGCACCGCGACGGCUUCUUCCUCACCACCGACAAGGCCUUUGUCGACCCCGCUAGCGUCAACGACGUCUUCGAGUCGGACCUCAUGUGGUGGAACGACCCCCUCGAGCCCAAGCAGAUGCAGAAGAUGCUCGAAAACUGCAUGACCCUCACCAUCUUUGCCGUCCCCGACACGGCCGACGAGAUGCAAAAAAACGGCGGUCUCCCCCGCGUGACGCAGCAAGGGCCCAACUUCCGCUUGUGUGGUCUCGCCCGCGUCGUCACUGACUACGUCACCUUUGCCUACCUCACCGACGUCUUCGUCCUCGAGGACUUUCAGCGCCGUGGCCUCGCCUCGUGGAUGAUGCGGGCCCUCAAGGAGACGGUUGAUGAGUGGCCCAACCUGCGCGGCCUCAUGCUCAUGACGCACGACAAGGCCGCCGCCCGCAUGUACCAGCGCGAGCUGGGCGCCGUCGACUUCGACAAGGGGCCCUCUGCGGGGCUGGUCAUGCUAGAGAUGGGCGGCAAGGGGAUGAAGGACGUGCCCGACGAGCAUUGA